AUGGAUAAGCGCGUAUCAUACUUUUAUGACCCAGAUGUGGGUAGUUAUUAUUAUGGCCCUGGGCAUCCUAUGAAGCCUCAGAGAAUUCGCAUGGCACAUGCUUUGGUCUUGAGUUAUGAUUUGUAUCGCCAUAUGGAAAUUUUUCGUCCUCACAAGGCUGUGGAACCUGAGUUACUUUCUUUUCAUGAUAGUGAGUACGUCCACUUCCUAUCAGGAGUUAGCCCUGAGAAUUACAGGGAUUUUACAUACCAACUAAAGCGUUUUAACGUGGGCGAGGCUACUGAUUGCCCAGUUUUUGACGGUCUUUACGUGUUCCAGCAAUCUUGCAGUGGUGCUUCGAUAGAUGCUGCCUAUCGCCUAAAUAACCAACAAGCUGAUAUUUGUAUCAAUUGGUCUGGCGGAUUGCAUCACGCGAAGAGAUCUGAGGCAUCAGGAUUUUGUUACUUGAAUGAUAUAGUACUCGGUAUUCUAGAACUUUUGAAAUAUCAUGCGAGAGUCAUGUAUAUUGAUAUAGAUGUACAUCAUGGAGAUGGCGUAGAAGAGGCCUUCUAUGUAACCCACCGUGUAAUGACUGUUAGCUUUCAUAAGUUUGGAAACUUUUUCCCCGGUACUGGAGAUGUUACUGACGUUGGUGUCUCUUCGGGUAAAUAUUAUAGCGUGAACGUUCCAUUGAAUGAUGGUAUGGAUGAUGAUAGUUUCGUGGAUCUCUUUAAAGUAGUCGUGGGAAAAUGUGUAGAGGUAUAUUGCCCUGGUGCAAUAGUUUUACAAUGCGGAGCAGAUUCACUUACUGGAGACCGUCUUGGACGUUUCAAUUUGACAAUCAAGGGACAUGCGGCUUGCGUCCAGUUUGUACGUUCUUUGAACAUCCCGUUGUUGGUAUUGGGUGGCGGUGGCUAUACAAUAAGAAAUGUUGCGCGUUGCUGGGCAUAUGAAACGGGUAUUAUACUUGACAAACACGAGGAUAUGUCUAACCAGAUAUCACUCAAUGAUUAUUACGAUUACUAUGCUCCAGAUUUUCAAUUGCAUCUCACUCCUUCACAGAUGACUAAUUACAACACUCCGGAGCAUCUUGAAAGGAUAAAGACAAAGAUACUGGAGAAUCUAAAGUAUGUGGAAAGGGCACCAGGUGUACAGUUUGCACACGUUCCACAGGAUUUCUUACGGCCAGAUGACGAUGUAGACGAAAUAGAACAAUCCGAAGUCUUUGACGAAGGUGGUGGCCUCACUAUUUUCAAAAGAAGGGACCCCGAAACACCCCCAAUCUAUAGCAACCACAAACUUAGGAGGAAGGACGCAAAGAAUGAGUAUUAUGACCUCCCAGAUAGGGAUCAACAGAUUCCAAUAUAG